AAUGUUUACACUUUUAGAUAUUUAGUUUUCCUUUUUUCACUCUUUUUCUUAAUUGUGUGUUUCUUAGAUCUGUAAACGGAAAAAAUGGCGAUGGCGACGUCGUAUUGGUGUUACCGCUGCAAUCGGAUCAUCCGGCUGUUAAACCAAGACGCCGUCAGUUGUCCCGACUGCCGCGGCGGUUUCAUCGAAGAGAUCGGUAACAAUCCCGAGGUGGGGCGGGCGGUCUACAUGGGAAGUGACAGGCUCACUCCAGCGGCCUCCGCCGUGGACGACGUAAUGGCGGCAAUCGUUCUCCUUUCAAUCCCGUCAUCGUGUUGCGCGGCGGAGCGGUUUCGUCCGUCUCUGCCUCGCCUUCGUCUGGCUCCGGGGGAGAUUCGAGUGUUGAACAGAAUGGGAGAGGAUUCGAGAUUUACUACGACGACGGAGCCGGGUCGGGUCUUCGGCCGUUGCCGCCUAGCAUGUCGGAUAUUCUUUUGGGAUCCGGGUUUUGACCGAUUGAUCGAUCAGUUAUCGCAGAUGGAAAUCCACAACACCGGGCGUAACGAGCAGCCGCCGGCUUCGAAAGCGGCGGUGGAAGCAAUUCCGACGGUUGAAAUAAACGAGUCCCAUAUGCACGGCGAACUGUGUUGCGCCGUUUGCAAAGAACAAUUCGAAAUCGGCACCAAAGUUAAAAACAUGCCUUGCGAUCAUUUGUACCAUUCAAACUGUAUACUCCCAUGGCUUCAAUUGCGGAACUCGUGCCCCGUUUGCCGCCACGAAUUACCCGUCGCCGAUGGCCAAGAAGGAUCCGUAACCGGUGACGGGUAUUCGAAUCCCUCUGAGGAGGUUCCGCUGGGGUUGACUAUUUGGAGAUUACCCGGCGGAGGGUUCGCCGUGGGGAGGUUUUCAGGAGGAAUAAGAGGAGGCGGUGGAGAGAAUAGAGAUUUCCCGGUGGUUUAUACGGAGGUUGACGGUGGUUUCAGCGGCGGCGGGCUUACACGCAGGGUUUCAUGGGGGAAUCGAAGCAGUAGAGGAAGGGAAAGAAGAGGGGUUUUCAGAAGAACUUUUAGGAGCUUAUUGGGCUGUUUUAGUGGGUCAAAUUCUUCCAAUUCUAGGUCGAUUUCAAGGUAAUUUCAAACCCAGAUUAUCU